CGUGUUCCUGAGGAUCAACGGCUGUGAUUCAGUUUCAGCCAUCACAACCUUGCAUAUGUAUCGCUAACUGUGACCUGAGACGGCUAAACUUUCUCAAACAGAUCUCUCUGAGUGUCUCAGAUCCCCAAAUCUCAUCGUCUCUGUAAUACCAAGGCUUGUCUUUUUUGUAGAUAUGGCAGAAGCAAAGCCAGGCUUGAGGAAACCGGUGUUCACCAAGGUUGACCAGCUUCGACCUGGUACCAGUGGGCAUACUCUAGUUGUGAAGGUGGUUAGCACAAAAAUGGUAGUGCAGAAGGGUCGUGGUGAUGGUCCGCAGUCUCGUCAAAUGCGACUAGCUGAAUGUUUGGUUGGAGAUGAGACAGGAAUGAUCAUCUUUACAGCUAGAAAUGAUCAAGUGGACUUGAUGAAGGAGGGGUCUACUUUAACCCUUCGCAAUGCAAAAAUCGACAUGUUCAAGAAUUCGAUGAGGCUUGCUGUGGACAAAUGGGGCCGAGUUGAAGUUACUGAGCCGGCUAGUUUCACUGUGAAGGAAGAUAACAACCUCUCGCUGAUUGAAUAUGAACUCAUAAAUGUAGUUGAAGAGUAACUUUUUAGGACUUCCGUUUUCUACUAAACGGUGAGCCAAGAAUAAAACGACUCUAGCAAAGAAAAUUAGUAUAGUCUGCGGGCAUUGGAUGUCCAAAUGAUUGUGAAAGUUAUUUUAUGAAAAAGAUAUCUGGAAGCUUGUACUUCAUCCAAAUAGCUACCGAGCUUGCAGCAGAUUUGGAACUUUUGGUUGAACCUCCAAACUGAUGGCGAUGUCUGCGAAUCUACGAGCAAAGGCAACUGGCUUUUGAAACUUGGUUUGCAUACUACCUAUUUAUUUUUAAGACGGAGAUGUUAUUGUAAUGCGAGAUUAUUAUCCUUUAAAUAUUGUGAAAUGUAUGUUACCAGACUUUAGCAUAAUUGCAUAUGUUUCUCCCAUGCGUUUUC